AUGUCAACCUCUCGCCUUCUAUCUCACAACAACCGCUCGAGCGAGGACCUGGCACCCGAUGAGCUUCCCCACAACGAAGCACCCCCAGCUGAAAACAUCGAACUUCAGAUAUUCCGUCGAAAUACUCUGGGCACCGAGCCUUUAGACCAUGUUCUUGUCACCGACGAUGAAUCCGAUGACUCCGAUCUGGACGAGACGUAUCUCUUGUAUACAACGGAAGAGACGAACCGUGUUAUCAGGAGAUUCGAUCGUUAUCUAGUACCUUUCCUGGCGUUGUUGUACAUGUUGAGCUUUUUAGAUCGGUCUAACAUUGGAAACGCACGUAUAGCGGGGAUGGAAGCAGAUCUGGAGAUGUCGCAUGGGCAGUAUGAAUGGCUGCUCACAGCGUUCUAUAUUACUUACAUCCUUUUCGAAUGGAUGGCGCUACUAUGGAAAGUCUUUCCUGCACACGCUUAUGUAGCCGUUUGUGUCGCAGGUUGGGGACUUGUAGCUUCACUUCAGGGCAUCGUCCCAAAUUAUUCUAGUCUGCUGCUUGCCCGUGCUGCGCUGGGUAUCGCCGAAGCAGCAUUCGGCCCGGGUGUACCAUUUUAUCUUUCUUUCUUCUACAAGCGUGAAGAACUCGCCUUUCGUACUGGCCUUUUCAUCUCGGCUGCGCCAUUAUCUACCGCCUAUGCUGGUAGCCUCGCAUAUCUCUUAACAUCGCUCAGCACUGGACUGGCGCCGUGGCGGGCAUUGUUCAUUAUUGAAGGAUGGCCCAGUCUGAUCGCCGCAGUGGUGGCGUGGUGGUACAUACCUGAUGGCCCCGGUGAUGCCUGGUUUUUGAAAAACGAAGAAGAAAGGCAGAUUGCGGUUAUUAGACUGCAAGGUCACAGCAGGCGACAGAGACGGAUGAGUUUCUUCAAAGCCGUCACGUCGAAAAAUGUCAAUAGUGGUAGAUUUGACUGGCGAGAAGUCAUGAUAGCUCUAGGGGAGCUGCAGAAUUGGUUAACAGCUCUCAUGUUUUUCUCCUGCAAUGUCGCCUUCUCUUCACUCCCGGUUUUUCUUCCCACAAUCAUCAAUGAAAUGGGCAACACCGCCCUCGCCUCCCAAGCUCUCUCAGCUCCGCCAUAUGUGGUCGCAUUCAUCACCGUUAUUCUAGUUUCCUACUUCUCAGACCGGUUACACUCUCGAAGCAUAUUCGUCAUAAACUGCGCCUUGGCUGGAGCCUUUGGGUAUGGCAUCUUAGCGUUCGCUCCACAGUUAGGAUUGUCAGAUUGGAAAUGGCGAUACGCGGCGGUAUAUUUCGCAGCAUCGGGUAUCUUUUCCGCGAUUGCUAUUAUUAUCCCCUGGACUAUUGGAAACUCUGAGAGUGCCGAGGGAAGGGGUACCGGUGUCGCUAUCCUGAACUUAGUAGGGCAAUGCGGACCUCUAUUAGGAACAAGGUUAUACCCGGCUCGAGAUGGGCCAUACUAUACAAUGGGGAUGACAAUAUGUGGAGCUUUCAUGUUAGCUGUUGCUGGGUUAGCAUUUUGGUUGAGGGUUAUGUUGGCGAAGGAGAAUAGAAAAAGGGAUGAGGAUUAUUUGAGGAGGGCGAGAGGCCAGGCGGAGGCUGGAACUUAUGUUCCAGGUGAGGGUAAGGGUUUUAGGUUUAUGUUAUAG